CCUCCAUCAAGCAGUGCAAGGUCUCUGGUUCAGGCUCGAUUGCGCGGUCGCAGUAGUUUGCAACUUCCCCCCUUCCCCGUGGGUUGGCCGGAGAUGAGUGGAAGAUGUCGGUAUCGGGGCUCAAGGCCGAAUUAAAGUUUCUGGAGUCAAUUUUUGACCAAAAUCACGAGCGUUUCAGAAUCAUCGAUUGGAAACCAGAUGAACUCAGUUGUCAGUUCAAUGUGACCGGCGAAAAGCUCCUGAUUAUACAUUGCAACAUCACGGAGUCUUACCCAGCUACACCGCCCAUAUGGUUUGUUGACUCUGAAGACCCGAGCUUGGCUGAGGUACUGGAGCGGCUGGACGAUGUGAGGAGGGGGAACACUCUGCUCUUGCAGCAGUUGAAACGGCUCAUCUGUGACCUGUGCCGCCUCUACAACCUGCCGCAGCACCCUGAUGUGGAAAUGCUGGACCAGCCACUGCCUGCUGGUCCCAUCAGCCAGGACAGGAAGCAUGGCACCACAGACACCUCAGAAGACGAAGAGGAAGAUGACAUGGGAGAGCAGGACAUUGAGGACCUUGACCACUAUGAGAUGAAGGAGGAGCCUGCUGAGGUCAAGAAGUCAGAGGACGACGGCAUCGAGAAGGAGAACCUGGCCAUCCUGGAGAAGAUCCGCAAGAACCAGAGGCAGGAUCACUUAAAUGAUUGUGUUGUGCAGGGUGCAGUGUCGGGCUCGGUUCAGGCAUCGGAUCGUCUCAUGAAGGAACUCAGGGAGAUCUAUCGAUCACAGAGUUUCAAGUCAGGGAUCUACUCAGUGGAGCUAGUCAAUGACAGCCUUUAUGAGUGGCAUGUCAAGGUGAAAACGGUGGACCCUGAUAGCCCGUUACACAGCGAUCUGCAGGUCCUGAAGGAGAAGGAGGGAGUGGAUUACAUCCUGCUGAACUUCUCCUAUAAAGACAAUUUUCCGUUUGAUCCACCGUUUGUACGGGUAGUAUCCCCUGUUCUCUCUGGAGGUUACGUUCUUGGUGGAGGAGCCUUGUGUAUGGAGCUGCUCACUAAACAGGGCUGGAGCAGUGCCUAUUCCAUAGAGUCCGUCAUCAUGCAGAUCAACGCCACCUUGGUGAAAGGGAAGGCCAGAAUCCAGUUUGGAGCCAAUAAGAACCAGUAUAAUCUGGCCAGAGCACAACAGUCGUACAAGUCCCUGGUGCAGAUUCAUGAAAAGAAUGGCUGGUACACCCCUCCAAAAGAAGAUGGCUAGAGUUGGACCCUCUGUCUGUGUGUACUGGGAGCACAAGUUUUCAGGUCAAACCUUACGCUUCUUUUCUUUCAGUAGUUGUUUUCUUUCCCCUGUUCUUUUUUUGUGUAAUAUUUCCCUACUUCACUGACUUCACUGGGAGGGAGGCGCCCUCCGUCUCCAUGGAAACGGACUUCCGUUGUGUUGUUUGGAAUGGCUUCUGUCCACUCGGGCUCAGCGAGGACCAGACGUCUGGUCAGAGGUCGGAGGCCAGAGCUCUGCUCUGCUCCGCCAGAACUUGGGAGCGAACGGGAGGGCCUGGCUGGAGCCUCCCCUACGGACGUCUGACAUUUCCCAUGGCCAGUGUGUGGCAGUGGGCUUGCAGUGGUGGCCAGCUGCUCAGUAAGCUUGGAGUUCGUUGAGGAGAAGAAGGCCACUGCUGCAGGCGUGUGCUUGUCUCCUGUCUCUGGGACAGAGGGUGGAGAGGGACUGUCUCUCGACUCUCAGAUGCUGGUGGGAGAGGGACUGAGUGCUCUCGGAGACGGCGGGACAGACGCCGGGGACGCAGUGGAGCUGGACUGCCCUGGCCAGCCAUUCCAGAGACGCUGCUCUGGUCUUCUCUGAAGCUCUUGUAGUGUGUGAAAUGUUCUGGUUCAUACUUUUGAGAUUGUUACAGGACUAUUAUAUGCUUGUAUUGUACUCUCCAUUGUCUUAAUGAUUAUUGUCUUGACACCAAACAUGAAGUGGAGGGCGAGAAAGAGAUGACCAUGAUGACUUCAGCUAAUCCCACCGAUGAGUACCCGACAGCACAUAUGUCCUCACUAGCUUUUAGCAUGUAGCUAACCCCCCAGAUAGACACAAGCGUGGGCUUCAGAAGGCCCCACUGGGAGGUGUCUGCCAUUGUACCAUAGCUGAAAAGUAGUCCUGCAUACGCGUGUGUGAUAUUGAGCAGAUUUUAAUAGUAAUACAGAGACACGCGUGCGUGCGUGCGUUUGUGUUGCGCGCAUGCGUGAGGUCGAGACUGGGCGGCUGUGUUUACACUGCGUCUGGUCAGGGGUAGAGGUGAACAGGGAACAUGGUCAGUAGUAGAGGUGACAGUCUGUCCCGUCUGCAGGCCGAUGUAGAAGCCUCUCUGUGUUCUUCUCUCGCCGUGGUCAGUACGGGUGGAAGGUUGUGCUGUAUCCUAAUGUUAUAAGCUGACUCCUCAUUACAUUAAAUCCUCUCACUAGCGUAGUUCUGUACAAAAAUAUGGUUAAGCCUUAUGUUUUCUAUUUUUGACAAGCGUAGCUGCUCAAUAACCGAAUACAAUAGAGUGGAAAGGAUAAUACCAUAACAGAAUUCUUUUAUCAUAGUACAGUGUUAAGCUGUUAAGAUGCACAUUAUAGAAAAGGAUUAUAACUUGUUCCAUUGCUGGGUUAGGUUUGCUUUAGAACAUUCAAGUGUACAGCAUGCACCAUCGACAUUUGCAUUGCAGUUGGAGAUGGAGAAUCUUGUCACUCACUGUUACUUGGAGUUUAAAAGAAAACAAAAAAACAAAACAGUGAGUACAGAGGGUUGUCUCUUUAAAGAUGUCCCUUCAUUAUGUUCUGUAGAAACUCAGGAACAAGUAUAGCCUUUAAAAAUGAACGCCAUGCUAACGGGGGCCUCCUCUUCAUAGAACCAGCCCUCUGCCACACACACACACACACACAGGAGCCGCACGGCCAUGCCCAGCGCAUCAUGCUAACACACACACUGGAGCCGUGCUGGUGUCUGUGGUCUGGAGGGUAAUGGUGUUACUUUACGCUUCAUGCUUCUUCUGUUUUUAUCUCCAAAUAUGCUAUUGGACAUUAACCCAGGAACGACAGGCGUGGCAAGUGCUCUUGUUCCGCUGAUUGGUAUUUGCACAGUAUGCUUAAAAUGUGCCUCUUUGGUCCACCUGGAAGAUCAUGUCAUAUCCAAACACUGAAUUUAACCUUGUAUAAUAUGAGUUAGGUAGGAAUAUAAUGUCUGAGCCAGGGGUGAGAAAAGUUGUUCAAUAUUCCUUCCUUGAGCUCUGAUUGACAAACAUAACAGCACAUGACAUAACCUGGUGGUGCACUCCGGCCACCAGCGGUGGGGUUUUAGCUGUGAACUGUUCUUUGCGAUGAUGGCCUCGGGCGUGGAAGGAUGGGUGUGUCUUGUUUCUAACUGAUGGUUUGAAGUUGGUCAGUACUGGCCAAAACGAGCUAAAGAACAUAGCAUGGUCCUCUCGAAACUUAACUAUUCGCCAAUAACUGUCCUGGAAUAAAAUUCUCACAUAAAAAGAUUAUACAUCUUCAGUCAGUGUAAAGCCAUCUAGAGCCACAGGUAUUAUUUUAAAGGUAUUGUCGGAAAUGGCAAUAAACUGUCAUACAAGUUCUAAAUGCUCCUGGCCCUGGCUGUCAUCAGAAAGCCUUCCUCAGAGAUAUAGGCCCAUCGCUUGCUUGCCCUUCACUAUUGGGCAGUGUUUGUUCUCAAGUCCCCAUAGGUCAUUGAUGGCCUCUGAUGUGGUGCCAUCUAUUGGUAGUUACGCUGUUCAACUUCACGCUGGGGCCAUGUGCUGGGUUUGGCUUGUUUUUUCUUUUCCAUUGCAAGUGAAAUUUCGACCAUGUACAGAAUUUGUAAACUUGUAUCAAGUUUAUGAAUAAUAAAUAAUUUUACGAUGA